AUGGCCUUUCAGGACCUCCUGGAUCAAGUUGGUAGUCUGGGGAGGUUCCAGAUAAUUCAGAUGGCUUUUCUUCCUAUCUACAAUGCCAUGGCACAGACUCAUACUUUAUUGGAGAAUUUCACUGCAGUCAUCCUUGGUCAUCGCUGCUGGGUCCAUAUACUCGAUAAUGCCACUGUCUCUGACAAUGACACUGGGACCCUCAGCCAAGAAGCCCUCCUGAGGAUCUCCAUCCCACUAGACUCAAACCUGAGACCAGACAAAUGUCAUCGCUUCAUCCACCCACAAUGGCAGCUCCUUCAUAUGAAUGGAACCUUCUCAAACAUGAGUGAGGUGGACACGGAGCCCUGCAUGGAUGGCUGGGUAUAUGACCGGAGCUCGUUCCUCUCCACCACCGUGACUGAGUGGGACCUGGUAUGUGAAUCGCAGUCACUGAAUUCAGUGUCUAAGUUCUUCUUCAUGGCUGGAAUGUUGGUUGGAAACAUUGUAUAUGGCACUUUGUCAGACAGAUUUGGGAGGAGGUUACUUCUGACAUGGUGUCUUCUCCAGCUGGCCGUUGCUGACACCUGUGCUACCUUUGCUCCCACCUUCCUGGUGUACUGUUCACUACGCUUCCUGGCUGGCAUGUCCACCACGACCAUCCUGACAAAUGCUAUUCUUCUCAUUGUAGAAUGGACAAGUCCCAAAUACCAAGCUAUGGGAACAACAAUGGCAGUGUGUGCUGCUAGUUUCGGGAAUAUCCUACCGGGAAGCCUGGCUUUUGCUAUUUGAAACUGGCAUACUCUUCAGCUGGUUCUGUCUAUACCGAUGUUCUUCUUUUUUAUUUCCUCAAGGUAUGAUGUACAAUAUGUGGUGAGCACAGCUUUGGAGAUAAAAGAUGAGGAAGACAUAAAGAGCACCAAUAUGGCUGUGGACAGUCAGAGGGUCAUAUUUGCAAUAGUGCUGCCUACUUUUGGCUUGAAUCUCCACCUCCAGCACCUGGGGAUCAAUGUUUUCCUGGUCCAGGUUCUCCUUGGUGUAGUCAAACUCCCAGCCAAUUAUCUUUCACUUUGAGCGCUGAAACACAGGGGCCAUCAAAUGCCGACUGUGCGUAUGAUUCUGACAACUUUGGGAGGAGGAAUUUGUUUUGCCUCUAUUACCUGUUCUUUGACCCAGGCAAAUGAACUGCUCCCCACCGUCAUCAGGGCAACAGCUUUUGGAAUCAUUGGAGUUUGCGGUAGUUUGGGAGCAGCUGUGGCUCCCCUGUUGAUGACCCUGGAGACAUAUGCUGAACCCUUGCCCUGGAUCAUCUAUGCAGCCUCCUGCGUCUUUACUAGCCUUGUUGUCUUCCUCCUUCCAGAAACCAGGAAUCAUCAACUGCCUGACUCCCUCCAAGAUAUAGAAAAUGGUGGGAAAGGCUCAAGAAAAACAGAGCUGGAAGAUCCCUCCAUCAAAGUGACACACUUCUAA